GUAAAUUUCAUUCGUUAUCCCCACCAAUAUAAGUUGAUGAUCAUUUGCACUUCUUAAACAAUCUUACACUAACAUCGUGAAAAGACGAACUGGUGAAAAACGAUCAACUAUAUCACAAGCUUCGAGGAAGAAAUUUGAAGAAACAACGGUCUGCAGUCUGAAGUCCGAAAUCAAGGGGAACAUGCAGAGAUUCAAAAUGCGUCUAAAGAUGUUUGUUUUAACUACCGUUUUGUUACCGAUGGUAAUAUCAACGAGAGAUGUUAAAACUCGGAAGAAACGAUCAGUAAAUUCCUACGCCGUUAAAGGAUGCUAUUCCUCAUUUCCCGGCGCAGGUCUGACAAGACGGAUGGGGGGUCACAACUCCAACGUAAAGUGUCAAGAAACGUGCAGAGAUAAGGGUUAUGUAUUGACCGCGACGAAGGGGGACCAAUGCCAGUGCGGAGAUGUCUAUCCCACAGGGAGUAAAGUGAACGACAGUCAAUGCACCAGCAGAUGUCGAUCGUGGUCGUCCUGUCAGGGACCUCAAAGCUGCUGCGGUGGACCCAGUGCUUAUUCUGUGAGCGUCGUUGGCGACAUUGAUGUCGCGAAACAAAUACUUCGUAGACUAAGUCACGAGUGGCAGACAAACGCUGGAUACAGGAAUUACAUGAAAUCCCUUCUUAAACCAAUUGUGGGAAGCCACAACGCAAACUGGUGGAAAUCGUUCGACCGUAAAGGCUGGUCACUGUGUGGACAUGGUAGGUACAUGGCGGGGAUGUAUAGAAACAGAAAGCAUGAAAAGGAUCCGAUUUACCUCCUCGAAGAAGCAAAGUGUGUAGACGCGCCUGGCUACCUGUAUUCAUCACCAGGCGAUCAGGUUUGCUACAACCACAACUGGUGGAAAAGUUUCGAUCGCAAAGGUUGGUCUACCUGCGAUAACGGCAGCUACAUGACCGGGCUUUUAGAACGUCGGGAAAUGACUUAUACAAUAUCGAACAGGCCAAAUGCUGCCGACCAAAGUCCCAGGCGAAAAGCUGGGGGAUUGUUACAAUAA